AUGCAAGGACUUCGGCUCCAGCGCGGAUUGCUGCUCCUGCUGCUUUUCUACCAGCAGCAAGGUCCAGUAGCCGCAGCAGCAAUCGCAGCAGCAGCAGCAGCAGCAGACCCAGCAGCAGCAGCAGCAGCAGCAGCAGCCCCGGUGAUGAAGGCCGCAGCAGCAACGACAGCAGCACAGAUGUUGAGCACAGCAGAUCUGCAUGCAUGGAUGUCUCUGCUGGGCAGCGUUAUUGCUGCCAGCAGCAGCAGCAGCAACAGCAGCAGCAGCAACAGCAGCAGCAGCUCCGCGGGGGAUAGGCAGCAGCCAGUGUGGAUGCCCACGCCGUUGCUAGAUGCGCUGGGACUGUUUCCGGCGACAGCUGCAAUGCAUGCAGAGCAGCAGCAGCAGCAGCAGCAGCAGCAGCAGCACUCAUCUGCUGCAGACGUCCUGGGCAAACGGAAGGCAGGAUGGACUGGAGCAGCACGCGACGGCGCAGCAGCAGAGCAGCAGCAGCAGCAGCAGCAGCAGCAGAGGAAGCGGCUGUGUCUACCUGCUGCUGCAGCAGCUGCUGCUGGUCCGCCUUCUGCAGGCUCAUUGAGUGCUGAAGCAUCCCCUUCAGCAGCAGCAGCAGCAGCAGCAGCAGCACCAGCUGCUGCAGCACAAGACAGCUCUAAUCCUGCUGCUGCUGCUGCUGCUGCUGCUGCUGCUGCUGCUGCUGCCUUGAGGCAGGGGAUCAGAAGGAGGCGCAGCAGCUCAGCUGCUGUACACUGGGCGCCAGCUGAAACGGACAUAGCUGCUGUGUGGCUGCUGCAGCAGCUGCAUGCUGCAGCAACUCCUGCUGCUGCUGCUGCUGCUGCUGCUGCUGCUGACUUGUCCACACCUGUUGCACUGCACGUCCGCCGCGGGGCUGCAUGCGCAGCAGACGACGAGGAGGACGGCAGCAUAGCAGCAGCAGCAGGCAGCAGCAGCAGCAGCAGCAGCAGCAGCAGCAGCAGCCGCACGGGUCUCCCAGCAGCAAACCCGAACCAGCUUGAUUGCCGGCCUCCUCGCCUGCGGCUGCUGCUGCGGCUGCUGCAGCCCCGUGCUGCACUUCGUGCUGCAGCCCGCGUCUCUGCUGCAGCAGCUCUGCUGCAGGUUGACGCUGCUGCUGCAGCAGGGCAGCAGCAGCAGCAGCAACAGCUGCUGCUGCAGCGCUCCCGCAUCGAGGGCCCCUUUAAAGCCCGCCCGUCUGCUGUCUCUGCUGUGGGUGCUGCAGCAGCAGAAGCCGCAGCAGCAGCAGCAGCAGCAGCAGCAGCUAACGUGGCAGCAGCAACAGAAGCAGCAGAAGAUGUGGGGCCCCACCAUGUAGCAGCAGCUGGAGCGAGGCUGCAGGCAUUAGCAGCAAACGCGCUGCUGCAUGCGGAGCAUCUCCCGCUGCAGCAGGGGGCUUUGCUGCCUCACUGGCAGCUGCUGCUGCUGCUGCCACCGCAGCAGCAGCAGCAGCGUCUUGAUCAGCUGGUGACUGCAGCAGCCCUGCCUCCACCAGCAGCGGUGCUGCAGCAAGCAGCACUACCUGCUGCUGCUGCUGCUGCUGCUGCUGCGCGCGUUGCUUCCCCUAGUUCUUCCGGCGUCCAGAAGCAGCAGCAGCGGCCGCUGCAGCAGCAGCAGCAGCAACAGCAGCAACAGCAGCAGCAGCAGCAACACCGACGAAGACGGAUAAAACUAAAGGGCCAUGACUGGCAUGCUGAGCUAGCAGCAACAAUGGUUGCUGCAGCAAGCAGCGACAGCGCUUCUGCUGCGCUGCUGCCAGCAGCAGCAGCAGCAGCAGAUCGUGUUGCUGGGUGCGUCCUUGACGACGGCAGCAGCAGCUUAGUGGGCCGCUGCUCUCUAGAGAUGCAACCCAGACCAUUGGUCUUCUGCUGCAGCAGCGGCUCUGUCUUGCUGCUGCAGCUAUCCAUAUGCAUGCAAAUGCCGCACCAGCAGCAGCAGCAGCAGCGGCAGCAGCAGCAGCAAAAGCGGCAGCAGCAGCAGCAACUCGAGGCGCUCUUCGUCUGCGUUCACCUUGCCGCCCCACUCUCCCUCCCGCCUGCUGCUGCAGAGUCCGCAGCAGCAGCAGCAGCAGCAAACCCAACAGCAGCAGCAGCAGCAGCAACAGCAGGUGAAGCUCUGCUGGAUGCCGUAAAGGCUGGCUGCCACAAAAGCCUCCUUUCUUCCGUCCCCUUCAAACCCCCAGCUUGCCCGGCAGCGAGCAACCCGCAGCAGCAGCUACAGCAGCAACAGCAGCAGCAGCAGCAGCAGUUACAGCAGCAGCUACAGCAGCAGCAGCUACAGCAGCAGCAGCUACAGCAGCAGCAGCUACAGCAGCAGCAGCAGCAGCAGCAGCAAGGAUAA